UUUUUUUGUCACGAUUGCUCCUCUUUCAAAGACUUCAAGAUUCACGACACGGUCAACAGCUGAUUAUGAUCGUUAACUCUGGAGUCCGGACAGAAGACGCAUGAAGGCUCGAUAAUUGAAAAAUGACUCAGAUGCUUGAAUUAGUUGCAGACUCAAGCCGUCAGGCUCCAGAACAAUUGGGGCACCAGGGAGAUUUGGUGAUCCAAGGAUUUAGAAGUCUGGUCAUCCAAUGGGAUUCAUACAGCGUUUGGCUUCCAGGUCGGACUUCGAUCGAGGAACGAGCGGCAAUGAGCUCAGUGAUUCCGAAGGAAGAUCUCUUAACCUCGUUACAAUCGAGCAUUCUGCUUAUAUUGCAACGCCAAAUCCUCAGUCUAUCACUAGCCCUGAUGCCAUCCCACUUGCAAAAGGAACCCGGGAAAAAUCUCAAGCUGCUCUUACAGAGCCAAUCAGCACUCGAUCAUAGCCUGCGUCAAAUCGAAUGUAUCAUCGAUAUCCUCUGUCCACAACACUUGGGCAUCCCAAAUCGAACCGAUGACCAGCACCUUAAAGCGCUUAAAUCUUUCAGGCUUUACGGCCUCAAAUCGAAGUUUUCCAAACUCUUAUCGCAGGAACUGCUUAAUAUCUUUCGUAAGGCCCCUGAGCUCAUCCAACAAUUGAAUCUUUCGACGGAUCAGAAUCCUAUCAAUCAGACGGACGACCCGACCUGCCACCCGAGCGGGUUUUCGGCCGAACGUACGCUCAUUAGCUUGGCCGAGCACACACUUCCCGCGUUAGAUAUGGCGGAAUCGAUGGUCGAUUGGCUCAAAGGAUCAGACUUGGAUCUCGCCCAAGAGUAUUGGAAUUUCAAAUUAGUUACUCUGGACGAGUUAGUCAGACUGUGUAAGGAGAUGUGCCUGGUGAUGGGCAAUGAAAAAUCAGCCGGGAACCAACUGGUGCGCGAACCGGUGAUCCGACUUGCUAGAUUAGUGAUCCCAAUCAUCAAGUUAUCGAGGCUUUUCCUCUACAAGUUGUCCAGACGAGGGAUCAAUCAAAGACGACUAUGCCUAUUAUAUAGCGAGAUGAGCUCGGAUCAAAUCGAAUCUCUGAGUCACGCCGCCGGAAAUAUCACCCGUGAUCUCCUCCAACUCUUGACCCUCUUCACCAGAGCUGAUACGGCUUACGGUGCAGUCUCCAGUCAACAAUUCACCGAAAAAGCUCAAACUCUUAAAGAUAGUUUCGAAAAUCCUUUGCUGCUUUCAAUCCUUUACAUCCUCCCUUUGAUCCCGGAGACCGACGGCUCUCCCACUCAAGACUCUUAUCGGGAUUGGCUGGUCACUUGGAAUACUCUGCGCAUCUUAGCCAUUCAUAACUUUAUCAAUUGUGCUAAAUCAUUCGAGAACGAUCAUUAGUAUUUUAUCGUCGGCUUCUUCCUUUCUUUCCCCCCUUCAGAACUGAACGCGAUCUCUACCAUCCAAAAAGAAGUCUCAUGAAGG